CAAGCAAAUACAGAUAACCUGUUGAAAAAUGUUUUUUUUUUUAAUUUUAAAUAAACAAGUAUAGGAAUAAUAAAUAGUUCUUACUCAGUAGUUCAAGUAUUCGGAUGUGAUUUCGAUUCGGUAUAAAAUUAAUUUUCAUAACAAAAGAAAAUAAAAACAAAAAGAAAAUACAAAAAUAUAACAGCUAUAUUAUAACAAAUUUAAAUAUUGUAAAAAAUAAUGAAGAUAAUUUUAUUAAUAUUUGCUAUAACGAUAGCAAUAUCAAACCGGAUUGAAGCACAGAGACCAAGUACGUCAUUAGAUGAUCUUUUACAAAAUGUUUUUAAUCCAAAACCAACACCAAAUCCUAAUAAUGGAAAUGUAAUACCAACAAAAGCUCCUGUACCAACAAAUCCUAAUACACCACAAACUGGUGAUGGGGCAUCAUAUGCACCCUGCGGUGAUAAUAAAAUUUGUGUACCUUUUUAUAAUUGUAAAAAUGAUACCGGUAAUUUAAAUACCGAUGGUGAAUAUUUACUUGAUAUACGUUUUGAUGAUACAAAAUCAUGUGCAUCAUAUUUAGAAACAUGUUGUUCACUAAUUGAUAAAAGUACUGAUGUACCUGUUGUAACACCAAAACCACAGGAAUAUAAAAAAGGUUGUGGUAAUAGAAAUGCUGACGGUGUACUAUUUCGAAUUACUGGAAAUAAAGAAGGUGAAACUGAAUAUGGUGAAUUUCCAUGGAUGGUUGCAAUAUUAAAACAAGAACAAGCCGGUGAAGAAAUUUUAAAUAUAUAUCAAUGUGGUGGUUCAAUAAUACAUCCACAAGUUGUAUUAACAGCAGCACAUUGUGUUUAUAAAAAUAGUGCACAUGAAUUAUUAGCAAGAGCCGGUGAAUGGGAUACACAAACAAAAGAUGAAUUAUAUAGAGAACAAGAUCGUCAAGUUAUUGAAAUUGUUUUACAUGAACAAUUUUCAAAAGGUGGUUUACAUAAUGAUAUCGCAUUAUUAUUUACAGCACAACCAUAUGAUUUGGGAAUUGAUGUUAAUACAGUAUGUUUACCACCACCAAAUACAAAUUUUGAGAAUGUACGUUGUUUUGCUACUGGUUGGGGUAAAGAUCAAUUCGGUCAACAGGGUAAAUAUCAAGUUAUAUUGAAAAAAAUUGAUGUACCAGUUGUUGCACAUGAUCAAUGUCAAGCUAGUUUACGUGAUACACGUUUAGGUAAAUUCUUUCAAUUACAUGAAUCAUUUAUUUGUGCUGGUGGUGAACCCGGUAAAGAUGUAUGUAAAGGAGAUGGUGGUGGACCAUUAAGUUGCCCAAUAUCUGGUCAAAAAAAUAAAUAUUAUCAAGCUGGUAUUGUUGCAUGGGGUAUAGGUUGCGGUGGAACAAAUCCUGGUGUAUAUGCUAGUGUUUCACAUUUGCGUCCAUGGAUUGAUAAUGUUAUGUCAUCAAGAGGUUUUGAUUCAUCUCAUUAUACAGCUUGAUUAAAAUUUAAUUAUAUUUUAUGAUUUUUAAAUUGAAAAUAAAAAUGAGUGAAAUUUUUUUUUU